AUGGAACCCUCGGAUAUUGAAGUGUAUAAAAGUGAAUUAUCCAAAAGGACAAUGAUAGGCCUCUGGCGUGCCACUUCCAUUGCCGGCAACGACCUGAUCGCUUCCGUUCUCUACUCCAUUGGGCCCUGUGCCGUUCAAGCUGGCAAAUACGCACCCAUUUCUAUGCUGCUAGUUGCCCUAUUAAUGUAUCCUAUGAAACGUAUCAUUACCGAAGUUGCUACUGCAAUGCCUUUGAAUGGUGGUACAUACAAUGCCUUACUUAACUCCACCUCCAAAUCAGUUGCGGCUGUAGCCGCUUGCCUUUCGAUAUUGGAUUACUUGGCAACAUGCGUUGUAUCUGCUUCCACCGCAAGUGCUUAUUUGGCAGCCGAAGUUGUGUUGCCUGAAAAAUUGACUCCCUUUGUUUUGACAAUUACUAUUCUGAUUGCAUUCUCAUUGAUAUGCUUACUGGGGCUGAAAGAGUCCUCGACGCUGACAUUAUCUAUUUUCACUUUACACUCAGUAACGAUGGCAGUGGUUAUAGUGACCAGUGUGGUGGCAUGGGCAAGAUUUGGAAACUCAACUUUGAUUGAUAAUUGGUCUAGUAUACCUGAUCCCCCUGGUACUAAUCCUCUAUUGUUAAUUGCUAAAGGUGUUUGCAUCGGCUUAUUGGGAGUCACCGGUUUUGAGUCUGCAGAAAAUUACAUUGAAGACUUGAAACCCAAUAUCUUUCCGCAAGUGAUGAACAACAUGUUUCUAUUUUUGUUGACUCUUAAUGCUCCAAUAUCCUUCUUAACCACUGUUCUUGUGCCCAUCCCAAUCAUUGACCAAAAUUCAGCAAAUGCUGUGUCUAUCUUGGCUGAAUAUGCAGCUCAGAGUGGGCGAUGGCUUCGCUUAUGGGUCAUGGUUGAUGCCGUGAUUGUGCUAUGUGCAGGUGUAUUAACAGGUCUAAUUGGAGCUAUUGGAUUGAUACAACGUCUGGCCAGCGACGGCAUCCUGCCCAAGUUCUUUCUGAUCCGCAAUCAGUGGACAGGAUCCUACCAAACCAUCAUUCUUACCUUCUUGGCACUCAGUGUGACAUUAUAUGUGAUUGUAGGCGGUGAUACCAGUUCAUUGUCAGGAGUUUUCGCUGUAGCUUUCUUGGGAAGUUUAUCUACGUUUGCUGUUGCUAAUAUCCUCAUCAAGUAUAAACGUGGACGCUUACCGCGAUAUAAUCGCGUAUCAUUACUGACCGCGUUUUUUACGCUUGGUUUGUUGAUGGCGAGUUUAAUUGGAAAUAUCAUCAUCAAUCCUAUGAUUGCCGAAUAUUUCGUUAUUUAUUUUGCGGUGGUGUUGAUUAUUGUAUUAGCAAUGUUGAAACGCUGUUGGCUAUGGAAGCUAUGCUACUGGCUGUUUGAUCAAAUGGAUUUCCUACAUCAUUUCUCACCUCACACAAAAGAAAAGGUUGAACUCUUUAUACAGGGCCAAAUCAAGAAAGUGAGGAAAUUACCGAUUGUUUUCUUCUUAAAAACGGACGAACCGCAUGUGAUGAACAAGGCUAUUCAGUAUAUAAAAAAGAACGAAGACACAGGCCAAAUCAAAUUUGUACAUGUCUAUCAGAAUUCGAAUGAUAUACCGGAGAAUUUAGAAGCCCAUCAUCGCAUGUUGGAUCAAAUUUACCCAAAAAUUCAAAUUGAUCUGAUCUUUAUCCAAGGCAAGUUCAACCCUGCUACUGUAGAUGCUAUCUCCAGACAGCUGAAUAUAUCCAAACCUCAAAUGUUUAUGGCCUGUCCCGGCGAAAACUUUAAUCAUUCUUUCGGUGAGUUCGAUGGCGUACGAAUUAUCAUGUUGUGA